AUGUCUGGCAAGUACGUCUUCUCCAAGGGCCUGAAGGAGCUCCGCUUCCUUUUCUGCCAGACCUCCGAGGCCAGCGCGCCCACAAGGUCGUUCCUCAACCGUGCCUAUCCGACCAUGAAGAAGCACAACCCCCACACUCCCAUUAUGAUGCGCGAGGCCACGGGCACCGAGCCGCGGGUGUUCGCCAGAUACGCCCUGGGAAAGGAGAAGCAAGAAGCGCUGUCCGGCCUGUCGGACUCGCAGAUCGAAGAGCGCAUCACCAGCCUGGUGAAGCAGACCUCAUAA